AAAAUAAACAGAACAAUCUUUUUUGAUUUUUCAUUCAUUUUUCAACGAAACACAUACAAACUUAAACCCAGAUCUAAACAAAAUCAACAGAAAAUAACAGAAACACCCACGGCGGAAUUUUUAGGAGGAGGUAGAUCCAGAUCGGAAGGGAGGGAUCCCACCCACGGGACCAGGCUCCAUUCGUCUCCUUCACUGCCCCUUCCCAAAAAUCCCUCUGUUCAGGAGAUUACCUAAGGCAAGAAUACACUUUUGUUUUCCCACCUCCAGCGAGCAGAGUCGACCUUCUUUCCAAACUAAACUCCAAAAUCAACCAGCAAAAGACCCCUCCUUCUUCUCUUCUCCUCAGAGUUUCCUUCUUCUGCUCUCAAAACUCAGAGGAGACUUCCCAGCAAACAGACCCCAAAAUCAAUACCCAAAACCAACCCCCCUAAAAUCAAUACCGACCCCCUUCAAUCUGAUUUUUCCUAUAUAUAUACCCAAAAUAAAAGAUAAAAUAAAUAAUAAAUAAUGAAAAAAGGCCUUGCUCUGUCAAUCAAUAAUGAUGAAGAUUUUCUGGCAGAUGGCAAGCUUCAAUUAUCUAUCAGAAGAACUUAUUAUGGAGAUAUUGUCGUGGUUACCAGCAGACUCCUUGGUUCGAUUCAAGUGCCUUAGUAAAUCAUGGCGUUCACUAAUCGGACACGAUUGGUUUGUCACCAAACAACUUCACAACCAUGUUCGCUCUGCCCCCGACGACAACCUUUGCAUACUUCUCCGAUACCGCAUCUGCUCCGACCAACUUGAUCACGAGGAAGGUGAAAACGUUUUAUCAUUGCUUACAUACAAUGACAAGAUGAUGCUGUCUACUUCUAAAGGAGGUGAUUCUCCUUAUAUUGUGAAGCCUGUGACCUUUUCCUUAUAUAAGGAUCACCAAUAUGCUGAAAGUUGGGGCAGUUGUGAUGGCAUUGUCUUCUUCUUCGACACUUCCUAUAUGCGUGAUACGAUCGUUAUAGCUAACCCCAUAAUAGGAGAAUUCAGAAUUCUUCCAGAGUCUUGCAUUUGUCUUAUUCCUUCUCUAUAUCAUGAUGAAGAUUAUUUAGCGCGUGUCGUUGAUGCCGUGGGACUUGGCUAUGAUCUUAAAUCUAAUGAUUAUAAAAUUGUAAGAGUGUGGGAGAUAGAAAGUUAUAGUGAUUCACGCCAACGAUUUCCUGAAAGAGCUGAGGUAUACACCUUGAGUACAAAUUCUUGGAGAGAGAUUAACAAUUUUGUUAUGGAAGUGGAGAUUGACAACGUUGUUAUGGAAGCUUGUUUUACUCCCAUGCCUUCUUUUGAACGAUAUUGGAAUGGAGCUUAUUAUUGGUGUGUUUUUUGUUAUGAACGAGCAGGUGACACCAUUAGAAAGCAUUUAAUUGCUUUGUUUGACAUGAGUGAUGAGGUUUUCCGAUAUAUAGGCUUGCCAAAAUCAUGUGAAGAACCAAAUGAUAAUGCUACUAUGUGCUAUAGCCUUAUAGAGUUGAACGGAUCCCUUACUCUCUUUCAUUAUCCCUUUCAAGUUCAACAGAAGUCAUUUGAUAUUUGGGGGAUGGAUAAAUUUGGGGUUAAUGGGACUUGGACAAAGAUCUUAUGUAUUGGACCUCUUUUGGGUAUCGAGACGCCACUACUAUUUGGGAAGGAUGAUGAGCUUCUUAUGGAAAAUAUUGAAGUUCAGCUUGCAAGCAGGCUCAAGCAGCAAUACAACCAUUACCCAUGGAAGGUAAUGAGCAAAAUUUGGGUAGAAUUAAUGUGUUAUGCUACCAUUAAUUGUAGGCCUAAUGUCCACGCACAACAACCCAGUCAAGCUGGAGAACUUCUCACUUUGGUUUGGUUGUUGGUGAAUCAUUUGGAUCUGGGAACCGAAACUAAACCACAUUGAUUCGUUGGAUACUAUCAUCUCAGAAAAGAGAAUCAGCAUCAGCCGCAUCAGAGGGCGAUUAUGGGGCGCGACCCGGCAAUGAUGGUUUGUGUACUUGGGCUGUCAUCUUUCAUUUAGUACUCUGGAAUAAAAUAGGUUCCUUAAU